CCACCUCAAACAAACCACAUCAGCUGCGUCACUCCGCGCCCUUGAUGUCAGCCAUUUUACAUAGCAAUCGCGACUGAAUUCGUCCCAAAAAGUAUCUCGCAAUCAGGCCUAAAUAUACAUUUAUAUUCAUAGUUAACAACAGGGUGACGUUCGAAAAUGGAGACAGAAGGCCAAGUUGACUUCAGCACAGACGAGUUUCCAGAGGGCUCCAAGAUAAAUGCAAGCAAAAACCAGCAGGAUGACGGGUACGCGGCUUGACGUUAGCCUAGCUAGCUAUGUUCAGCAAACUAGCUAGUGUUCUUUUUUUCUAGCUGGAGACAAGUUACGUUAUAUUUUAUUCAAACGUAGUGAGUUAUUGGAGUGGUAACACGCCAACGUUUAUUAGAUUACUAGCUAACGUUAGCCAUUCCCUGUUGUGAUCAUGCAUGCAUAGCUAACUAGCUAACGUUAGCAAACUAACCGGCGUCAUGUCAGUCAGGCCAAGUUCCCUACGUGGGCGAACAGGGUUGGCUAUGGGCUGUGAAACAUGUUAUCAAGUUGUCACCCCGUUAUUUGUAGCUAGGUAGUUUAUCAUCAGAUUGGUGUAGUGUUGAUGGUCGUGUUGGUUAUAGUCGCUCUUUUUUUCUCAUGCACUACGUUAACGUAACUACUGGUUUUUCGAAUCCUGACAGAUAGAACAACAAUAACUACACCUGUCCUGUACAUACACUCAGUUGCCACCCAGGCUAGAAUCAGAAGUGUGUUGUAGCUACUUAGAUAAAGUUCACUGAUCUAGCUGUUGCCUUUAUAGCCAACCGUUCUAGACAGUUUGAAUCAUUUAGGCCUAAUCAGCUUGCAGGUGACAACAGCUUGACCUAAAGUAAAUUAGUCUUAGCUAGUGACUCAGGUUGUUAGGGAUGUAACAAUAAGGACAUAGUUAUGACUGUUUGAUAUCGACUGCAUUUGUCUCCUUGAUUCUCCAUUCACAGCAAGAUGUUCAUUGGAGGGCUCAGUUGGGACACCAGCAAAACAGACCUCACGGAUUACCUGUCAAAGUUUGGAGAGGUUCUGGACUGCACCAUCAAAACAGACCUGAUGACGGGCCGGUCCCGGGGCUUCGGCUUUGUUCUCUUCAGAGACUCAGAGAGCGUAGACCGGGUAAGCACUAGAACAGACUCACUGAGCAGAGAGCGUAGACGUGGUAAACACUAGAACAGACUCACUGAGCAGAGAGUAGACGGUGUAAACACUAGAACAGACUCACUGAGCACAGAGCGUAAACAGGGUAAGCAUUAGAUCGGAGUCACUGAGCAGAGAGUGUAGACGGGGUAAACACUAGAACAGACUCGCAGAGUGUGUAGAUGGGGUAAACACUAGAACAGUGUGUAGACGGGGUAAACACUAGAACAGUGUGUAGACGGGGUAAACACUAGAACAGUGUGUAGACGGGGUAAACACUAGAACAGUGUGUAGACGGGGUAAACACUAGAACAGUGUGUAGACGGGGUAAACACGAGAACAGAGCAGAGUGUGUAGACGGGGUAAACACGAGAACAGAGCAGAGUGUGUAGACGGCAGAGCAGUGUGUGUAGACGGGGUAAACACUAGAACAGACUCACAGAGGACAGGGCAGGCUGCCUCUUGUCUUGCUCUCUUAAUUCUGAACUAAAUAGUUUCAAGACAUAUGUAGUUGGCAUCCACUCACAUCACUUGAUCACACACACCCUGUUUCACUGACACAUUGUCCUGUGUGCAGGUGUUGGAGCUGAAGGAGCACAAGCUGGACGGGAAGCUGAUCGAUCCAAAGAGGGCCAAAGCCAUGAAGGGGAAGGAACCGCCCAAGAAGGUUUUCGUCGGAGGCCUCAGCCCAGACACCCCAGAGGAGGAGAUCAGGGAAUACUUUGGCGCUUUUGGAGAUGUAAGAGUGAGAGAAUGCUUGCACUGUCAACGUAUUCAUGUUUUAUUCUACGUUUUUAGAUAUGGUAGACGCACACUUUUAGAAAGCUGUAUGUCCACUGAGCGAGUGUUGGGGCAAUGGAGCUAGAGCUGAUGCUAUUGUAUGAUAAUCUAUCCUCUUCACAUGGUACAAAGACUGGGAGAUUUGCAGAAUGUUAUGAUUACUGUCUUCAUAGCCUCUAACUGAGAGAAACGUUGUUGUUUGCAGAUUGACAGCAUCGAGCUUCCCAUGGACACCAAAACCAACGAGCGACGUGGGUUCUGCUUCGUGACCUACUGUGAGGAGACUCCUGUCCAGAAGCUGUUAGAGUGCAGAUACCACCAAGUUGGGAGUGGAAAGGUAGCUGAAAUCCACUUAUUCAGAAUGACCAUUUGAACGCUGUUACACAUCUUGCGCUGAUAGGCAAAGCUAUUCUUUCUAUGCUAUUUAACCAACUUAGUUUAGACAGCCAUUUUGAAGAAGAAUUUUGGCAGUCAAAUAACAUGUGACUGUAGGUACUUAAAGAAAGUGUCAUCACUGUUUUCCACAAGUUUCUUGGUUAAUGGGCUGAUUUUCUCUGCAGUGUGAAAUCAAAGUGGCCCAGCCCAAAGAAGUGUACAGACAGCAGCAGCAACACAGAGGAGAGAGGGGAGGCUACGAAGGAGGGAGAGGAAGCGGAGGAUACAGGGGCCGGGGACGAGGAGGUACAGCUAGCCUAUGACACUGAAGAAUGCACAUCAGAUUUUUUAAAAUUUUUAUUCUUCCAACAAGGGGAUUUCUUGUGUGGCAUUUGACACAUGCAACAAUGACAGUACUGACACCUGAAAAGGGCAUGCAUUACAGUACAUUGAAAAGAAAAUCAAGACAUACAUGUCUUUAAAACUACAAUAUAGACUUGUCACACUGAACCUCUUUGUCUCUGUGCAGGUCAGAGUAACUACAACCAAGGUUACAACGGCUACUACGGCCAGAACUAUGGUAGCUACGGCAAUGGAUACAACCAGGGCUACAAUGGCUACGCAGGCUAUGACUACUCUGGCUACAACUAUAAUAGUUAUGGUUAUGGACAGGGAUACGACGACUACAAUGGUAAGCUACACUAUUGAUGCCAACUAUCGAAACAAGCAGUGCCUUUCAGCCCCCAACAACUCCUCAUGUACUUCUAGCUAAGACAACAACAGGUGGAAAAAAGUAUCCUUGUAUGUACUCAAUAGCUCUGGAAAAAAAUAAAACAGAUGUCUGUAAUGCUGCCUGCCUUGGGUCUCUUUGCUCUGGUGCAUGUUUGUGAGGGGUCUCCAUAUCCAGGCAAUGCACUUUGUUAUUUUACAAGUAACACUUGCAACAUUAAUGAUCAUUCAGCCCAUUACAUUUGUAUUGCACACACUUCUGAGAGUACUUGUAGUUAAAUUCCUGGGUAUGUAAAGUAAAACACAGCUAAGCUGUAUAGAGUUUUUGGUACAUAUGUCUUGACACAUGAUUGUGCAUCUCAAUACUGAUACAAAAACAUUCAAUUUGAAAGUCCAAGCAAAAAUAACACAACUAGGUACACAAACACUGCAGACUACAUCCUACAGAUUAUUUGUGAUUACUGAUGCCAUUUACCCCAAAAAAGGAAUGUGAACUUGAAAAAACUCCCAUGCACCUUGACUCCCAUGUCAACUAAAAACGCCAUCGAUAAAACCUUGAUAGGAAUUCCUUCUGCUCCGUUUUUGUGAAGUUAUCCUGUGACACUCAAAUCUUCCUGACCUCUAACCCUUGACCUUCCCAUAGGCCAGCAGAGCAGCUAUGGGAAGGCCUCUCGAGAGGUCACAACCCACCAGAACAACUACCAGCCUUACUGAGCUGAUCUGAUCCAACAAGACCUGCUUAGACUUCUGGUAAGACCACACUCCCACCUUAGGCCUGACUUAAAAAACUUAAACUUAAAGAUCAAUAGACAAAACAAUUACUCUAAAAUCUAUCAUGAGAGAAAGCAAGUGGUUACUAUUACGAUGCACACCCCAUUUUGACAUAAAUCUAAAACGUAAUGUCUAUAGAUCUUUAAUUGCAAAAAUGCUUGUGUAGCGGUUUGACUUUUUAUUAAGCUCUCCAGAAAAAACGUAAGCGUUUUUCUGUAGAUUCUCCUUUUUUCCCUUGCUUUUUAACAGGUGUUCAUAAGGAAAUAACAUAAGAGACUUGAUAGCAUUGUUAACAGGUAAAGUACUGCUAAGGGUACAGAGUAAGGACCCAUCCUUAGUUUUCCUUUUCCUAACUCUGAUGUUGUACCUUGUUUGUACCUGCCAGCGGGGACUUCAUUGCAGGCCGUGUGUCGCCUGAUCACGACAAUCUCUGGGCGACGCACAUAGCGGGCAGAGAGCACGGCAUGCACAAGAAAACGCUGUCCUGUGGUAUGGUCUCUUCACACUUCCUGUAACCAGCGAUAAACAAAAAGAAACAUAAGAGAGAAAAAGGAAAAAUUAUGCUUUAACGAUUUGUCUGAAAUUGAUUUUUUUACAGGAUAUUAAUAUGAAAGUGUAAAAAUGUACUUUGACUUGUAUUUGUGUAUUCUCUUAAUUUUAGUGGUCUUGUUUCAGUUCUGGACCUUCAGUGUUUUUGUUUUUUCUAUAAUGAAACCCUUUCUUAAAUUGCUAAAACUCAUAAUGAUUGCUUUUUCUUUAUAGCCCUUAGAGAACUUCACUUGAUAAACACCAAAACCCUUUUUUUUUUUUUUACUUAGGUGUUAAAGAUCAUAUGUAAACCAGCUUUAUGAUGCCAUAAAAAGCUGACAACUCAAAAUAUUCUAUGAGCUAUGUGUGUAUCUGGCUUGAAAUUUCCACCAAAUUUGUUACCUUAUAGUUUAGAUAUGGUCACAUUUGGGCUUGCUCCUUAAUGGUGAAAUUGACCCACCAAUUCAUUGGAGCUGAAGCUUUUGCUGGCCAGUGAGCUGUUACAGAACCUUGGUGAAGCUGUGAGUUCUACAUAUGAUCUUUAAAACGGAAUGGAGAAAAAUAAACUAUUAAUAGUUUAAAGUUGACGACACAAGCAGAAGUUAAACAGUGAAACAUGGACGUGCAAGGUUCACUGUGCCCUGCAGAGCUCCAGAGUUGGUAACAUCUACAGUGUUGUGUUGUGUCCUUGUUUGCAGGCAGGGCUGGCUGGAGAAUGACCCUGUACCCAGGUGGAAGCUUUGGGGGCUGAAUCCUAUCCUGUCCUCAGAUCAUGUUUUAAACACCAGACCAUCAUUUCGUUGUCCUCCUCUUCCUGAGUUGAAGCUGACAUGCAGUGUGUCUGACUUUGUAAAUAGCGAGGUUGCUGCUUUUUGGUUCCAGUCCCCCCUUCCCUUCAUCGUGUAGGUCUAGGUUUCAUUUCAUCGUGAUUGAAUGUGUUCUUAUUACCUUGAUUUUCAACAUGUCCUGCUUUUGUUUUAAGCUUGGAUUUUUCUGCAGUUUUUUUGGAUAAAGGGAUUAUUAAAGAGGGUACAAAACUGACAUGAA